UAAAUUUAGGUAACAUAAAUAGACAUAUUUUCAGUUGCAAAAGAUAUGACAAUAGCUUGUCAGCUAAGUGAUUUUAUACUUUUACUUUUGUUACUCAAUGUCGCUGUUGGAUUUAAGUUCUCUAUCGUCCAUACGAAUGAUAUGCAUGCUCGUUAUGACCCUAUAAAGAGCGCUAAUGCCAAAUGCGGCAAAGGAGAAGAUGAGAAGGGUCAGUGCUUUGGUGGAUUUGCCAGAGUGGCUACGGCCGUGGAGCGAGCACGUGCGAAAGGUCAAGUUAUCUAUUUGGAUGCUGGUGAUACUUUUCAAGGCACACCCUGGUAUUCCAUUUACAAAGGUGAAUUGGCAGCUGAGCUUCUGAACAUGCUCAAUCCAGAUGCGGUGGCUCUUGGUAAUCAUGAAUUUGAUGACGGUGUCGAGGGUUUGUUACCGUUUAUACAAAAGGUUAAGUUUCCCGUAGUUUGCGCUAAUAUCGAUUUGCGAAAGGUGCCGCAAAUGCAAAAGCUAAAGAAUUUGGUUAAGUCAACUGUCAUAAACAAGUGGGGCGAGAAAAUUGGCAUUAUAGGUUAUCUAACACCCGAAACAAAGACUAUGGUAACACCCAAUGAUGUUGAAUAUGAAGAAGAAAUAACAGCAAUCAACGCCGAGGCCAAGAAGCUUAAUUAUAGUGGUGUCGAUAUUAUAAUUGCCUUGGGUCAUUCUGGCUAUGAUAUGGACAUGGAAAUAGCCAAGAGUUGUCCACAGGUCGAUGUCGUUGUUGGUGGGCAUUCGCAUACGUUCCUUUAUAAAGGCGACCCGCCUUCCACCGAAAAGGCUGCAGGACUUUACCCUACAGUAGUCACACGCUCCAAUGGACGACAAGUGCCCGUUGUGCAGGCUUAUGCUUAUACAAAGUAUUUGGGUAGAAUCGAUUUAGAGUUCGAUAAAUCGGGUCACUUGACCAGCUUUGAUGGCAACCCCCAGCUGUUAGACUCGUCUGUGCCACAUAAUCCGGAAAUUAAGAAAUUACUGGAUGCCAAAAGAAAGCCCAUAGAUGAAUUAGAUAAGCAAGUAGUGGGCACAACCAAAACAACGCUCGAUGGUGAUUGGAAAAGGUGUCGCAAGGAGGAAUGCACCAUGGGAAAUGUCAUAGCGGAUGCAUUUGUUUAUGCGCGUGUGCUGGAGGACUUUGGUGGCAUCUAUUGGACAGAUGCUGCCGUAGCUUUUAUUAAUGCUGGAGGCAUACGCGCUUCAAUUAACAAAACCUCGGACGGCUCUAUUUCUGCCGCUGAUAUUCACGCUGUAAUGUUGUUUGGCAAUAAGCUGCAGGUAACUGAGAUACUUGGCUUACAGCUGCUCCAGUCACUGGAGCAUGCGGCAACAGUGCGUGGCUUCUAUCAAAAUAGCGGCGGCUUUCUGCAAAUGUCCGGCGUGCGUGUCACGCUGGACUACAAUAAGCCCAAGAAGAAACGUGUGACGUCCGUGGAGGUGCUCUGCAGCGCUUGUGAUCCGCCAGAGUUUCGACAGUUGGAAAAACAAAAGUCCUACAAGGUCAUAGUGAGCAACUAUAAUUUGGAAGGCGGCGAUGGUCACAACUUUAAGGAUCCGGAUAAGCCAAAAGUUUCAACGAUGCAGUUAACCGAUCGGGAUGCUCUAAUACAAUAUUUUCAACAGCAUAAGGUUGUGUUCCCCGCCUUGGAAGGUCGCAUUACAGUUAUAAAUAAGAAGCGCUCGUCUAGUCACGCAGCUCCAACGCAGCUGCCCAACUCACGCACUUUUAUGGUAAUAAUACUUUUUUAUUUUUUUACUAGGCCUAUAAUAAAUGUAAGCAGUUGAGCCGUAGCUUCUAAUCUCUA